AUGGAAUCAGACCCCGCAUCAUGGACACCGGAGUAUUUCAUUGCACACGAAGCCAGCUGCCUGAAGCAACUGGCAACCGACGAGGUGUGGGCAACGGUCCCGCUACUCAACCGUACCGAUCUUGCCCACCUGCCGGACGGUUGUUUGGUACGCUUUCGCGGCAUGCUACAGGAUAUGCAGGAUCCGGAAUGUUAUCUGGAGCGGUACACUGUUCGCUUGAAAUCGGACGGUACCGUGGUGCGACAGCAGAAUGGUAAAUAUCGUGACAUACUGCUGCUAAACGGUGCAACGGAAACGGUGGACACUGGGUGUAACGCAGGCAGCAGUACGUUUGGCGAGCGAAGAUCACUGUUUGUUGUCACCAUUCCGGGUCAAAAUCCGUGGACUGAGGUGUGCGAGAAGGAGCACCGGGGAAGCCUUCCGGUGGUGCAGAUGAAUGGUGGCGAUGAGGACACAAUACCAAGUUCAACCGGUGGUGGUACCAAGCGUCGUACGGAAGCUGAUAAUGAGGAAGUAAUGGAUGUGGAUGGAACGCCAUCGGACAGCACCACCGUUCUUCCUUCGGUGACGGUAAAUGGAGUGAAAAAGCGGACCCCUACUAACGAUGCCUCCAGUAGCAGUGGUGGAACUGUACUGUCGGCUGACUAUCUGCUCAACUCGCCGAUUGCCGACCGGCCGGGGAAGGCGUGUUUGGUCAAGCUGUACAGCAAUUACGACGAUUGGACACUUAACACCGUCAUCGAGGUGGUUGGAUUUCUUUCCGUCGAUCCAGCACUGGACGGUAGCGGUGACAGUACCGGGAUGGAGGAGUUUGCCGACGAUGUGUCCGAACAUCAGGCAACACAUCCGCCCCCAUCGCUCAUACCACGCCUGCACGCGAUCAGCGUACGGAAGCUUGCCCACACGAAUCCACUGCUGUUGGAACAACCGCAGGAAGAUAGCGGAACGGGUAGCGAAACGACGACAUACAAGGACCUGCACAAUCUCUUCACCCAGUGCCUGUUUGGGGACGGCAUUGCGGCAGACUAUCUGCUGUGCCAUCUCGUAUCGUCCGUGUACAUACGGGACGAGGUAGAGUGUCGGGGUCAGUUUUGUCUGAACCUUAGCAACAUACCGGCGGAGGUAUUGCCCGAUUAUACGCGUUCGCUGUACGAGCUGCUAGAGUUAUUGUUGCCCGCCAGCCACUAUCUGCCGAUGACGCUCGAGAACAUGAAUACGGUGCAGUUUGUGCCGAAGAAAGACUACACAACGAACAAGCUGACGAGCGGGCUGCUGCAGCUUGCUCCCCACACCCAUCUGGUGCUGGACGAAACACGGCUGCAGGCGGGCAAGCUUGAAGCACCCGGUGUCGAAGCGGUCAAGCAUGUGGCGCACCUGAUCAAGUGUCAAAGGUUGAAGUGCAACUUUCAGUAUUAUCAGCUCGAUUUUAAUGCCGACGUGCCGGUGUUGGUGCUGAGCGAAGGCCGGAGUAUGCUACCGAGCAAUUGCUAUCUACCGAUCGUUCCCGAUCUGGACGCGAUCAAGCUGAUCGAAGAAACGAUUAAAGCCGGCCGGCACUUUAUCGGCCCGAAGCUGGACGAGAUGCGCCGCUAUCUGACCGCUGCCCGGGUCCGUGAGUUCGAUAUGAAAACGCUUGACCCUACCGUGGUGCAGGAUGAUUUUGUGCGAAUGCGCACCGAGAAUAGUGCGAUCACGAUGGACGAUCUGCACGCACUGUUUGUGCUGGCACGGCUGCACGGGCUGAGCCGGGGCAGGGCGUCGCUGCUGCGGGAAGAUUGGGAACGGGCGAAAGCGUUAGAAUGCGAGCGGCGCAAUCGUAUCGAAAUGUUUAGCAAAACGAAAAGCGAACCAUAGUGAGGUAAGAG